UUUUUUUUUUUUCAUUUUCAAUAUUCAAGUACAAACAGAACAACCUUCAUCCAAACAGAACAACAACACACCUCUGGUCUCAAAGUAAUCUCACUGAAGCCAAACGAGAGGCACAAAACCGAAAACAAAAAACCAUGAUUCGCAACAGCUGGAUUGUGUGCCUGAGCGUUGCUUUGCUCGCUCUGUCGGCCGCUCAGCUUGUCGCUGGACUCGUCUCCGUCGCGACCAUCUCAGGCCCGGUCAAUGUGAACGAGGGCGAUUCAAACACCUGGACCGUCUCCGUCACCAACGUCCCGGCUAACAUGCUCCUCACGUACUCUUGGACGUUUGGCGACGGCACACACACGGGCAUCAUCAACAACACCAAGGUCGACAAGGUCUACGCUGUGCCAAACUCUGUCGCGGCCGGCACCGACGCGUCGUACACGAUCCGCGUUUUUAUCGAAAACACGCUGAAGGGCGGCAGCAACCCGACAUUCCAAGUGUCGACCGAGAUGAAGGUGCGUGUGCUCAACACCAACCCGGUCAUCUCGAACAUUCUGUCGUACGUGCGCGACGGUUCUACGCUUGUGCCGUACAACGGCCAAGUUGCCGUGGGCACCAACUUCCAGUUCCAGGCGGAGGCAUACGACGUGUCUGGCACGAAUCUCCAGUACUCGUGGUUGUUUGGCGACUGCACCAAGGGCGCUGCGGGCAAGUCGGAAGUCUACCACCAGUUCCACUUCCCUGGCGUGUUUACCAUCACGCUGCAAGUCACCGACCCUUACGGCGGCUACAGCAUCUCGUCCACGCAGGUCACCAUCGACUGCUCGCCGCAAAUCACCAACGGAACGGACGACUUCCUCAACAAUGGCAACUGCCAUCUGUACGGCAAGUGCACCAAGAUUUCUGCCGGCAACUUUACAUGCCUGUGCGAGACUGGCUUUAUGGGCGAUGGCUUCACCUGCCAGCGCACCUUCAACCCUUGCCUUCCCGGCUAUGCGGGCUACCGCGACUGCGUGGUCAACCAGGGCAACCUCGAAUGCAUCCCCGAGACGCUUUCUGCAGGCAUGUACACUGGUGGCUACCAGUGCUCGACCUGCCGUCCUGGAUUCUAUCGCGCCAGCGGCGAGUGCCGAAAGAUUGACAACCCGUGUGCAUCGUUCGAAUCUGAAGCGUCCGUCACCUGUCGUCAAGCGGAUGGCGGGCGCGGCCUGACGUGCAUUCCCGAGAUUAUCACCAUCGGCGACGGUGUGCACGAGGCGCUCUUCACCGGCAAAGCGUCGUGCGGCGACACUUGCCCGCCUGGCUUUGUCGCCAUCACGGAUGCUGGCAACUCGCAGCUGUACUGCCAGGUCGUCAUCAACCCGUGCAGCACUGGCAACUAUGGCGCCGAUAACUGCACCGGUCUUGGCUACACGACUUGCGUGCCUGCGGUCACGCCGGACUCUGCUGGCUCGCUCUUCCCUCUGUACACUGGCGCGUACACUUGCGGCAACGACGCGCAGUGCCAGCCUGGCUACACACUUACGCCCAACCGCCUCGCCUGCGUGCUCAUCCCCAACCCUUGCCGUGUGCCAUCCGCCGGCUACAGCGCCUGUGCGGCCCAAAACCGCGAGUGCUUCCCGGCAUUCACGCUGGAUGGAAGCGGAAACACCCUCUACCUCGGCGAUAACAAGUACUCGUGUGGUGGUUGCGGCACUGGCUACAUUGAAACGACUAUUUACGAUCCCGUGCUCCAGCGCAACCGCCAAGCGUGUGCAAAGCGCCCCAACCCCUGCGACAGUGGCCAGGCGGGCUCGCUGGAUUGCUCCACGACCAGGCUUUGUCUGCCCGUUGCCGUGCCCAACACCAACUUGUACUCAGGCCAGUACGUUUGCGUGACCCCUGACACCCUGUCCUGCCCCGAGGGCUACGAAACAUCGCGCGACGAAUCGACCAACCACCUGGUCUGCGUCCCGACGGCUGCCUCGAACUCGGCUGCCACCUCCCGAAACAUUGGCAUUGCUGUCGGUCUCGCCCUCUUGGCCCUGAUUGUGGUCAUCAUCCUGUUUGUCAUCUGGCGCCGCAAGCGUAGCACGCAAGCCAAGAUUUCCUACAACUACGCCCAGAAGCAAGAGUUUGAGCUGAUGACUCGCCGCAUGAAGCAAGGCGUUGGCAACCCCAUGGCCGAUGUCGAAGGCGCGGCGUUCGACAACCCGCUUGCCGACCACCACUCGGCUGGCACCUUUAACAACCCAUUGAACCCGAUGAGCGCCGCCAGCGUGGACGCCUCCGCUGGUCAGCACGUGUACAACAACAGCACGCUCUCUGCCGCCACCGCGCUCUCGAUCGCCGCCACAAAGCGCACGACGACGGCGCGCCCGAGCACUGUCGUGAUGCGCGAGGACGUUGAUUUGAGCCGCUUGACGGACAAGGAGCUCAUGCAGAUUGAAAACCCUCUCUACAUGACCGAGGAGGAAUCCGACUUCUCCAACCCCCUGGCGCGUUCUGCCACCCUCACGGCCAAGAAGCGUCGCCCCGACGGUGCUGGCCCCUCUUCGGGUGGCAUCAUUUCGGCCAGCGAUCUCAUGGCGAAAGGCGGCAACGUUCAAGCAUUUUCUUCCCACGGCGACAACCCGCUCUCCCACGCCAGCGACGAUGGUGACUUUUCCAAUCCCCUCCGAGCGGGCCGUUAAGUAGGUUGUUGACCUCGAGGACGAAGCCGAACGUCGAGAUGACGAUGUGGUUUUAGUUUCCUUGUUUUUUUUUUCUUCUUGUUUUGCUUUUCUAAGGCCUGUGUUUUGUUACUUUUUUGAUUGUGUGCUGCAGCAGCACAUUACCUUGCUUUUGAUCUUUGAUCAAAUGUUGGUUUCCUGAUAAUGCUUUUUUUGUUGGUUUGUUUUGCGCUUGUUUUUUUUUUUGUCUUUUUGAUGGUGGACUUGGACACCACGAACUUGUUAAUGACCCCCCCCCUUCGAUUUUGACCCUGCUGUUGUGAUUGUGUGCACCUGUUGCCCUAAUUACACUUUCUUUUGUUGCUG